AGAGAAGAAAAUUCAAGAGAGAGAACAAGGGAAACGACGCGAGUGUGACUCUCUCUCUCUCUACACCUCUCUGCGCGCGGUGACGACGUGAAAGCAAAGCAUGUGCGGAAUCCUGGCGCUGCUGUUGGCGCAGCAGAACGCGGCUGCUGCGCCCGAGAUCAACGAGGCCCUGUCGCUGCUCCAGCACCGCGGCCAGGACGCGGCGGGGAUCGUGACGUGCGGCGCGCGCGGCCGCUUCUACCAGUGCAAGGCCAACGGCAUGGUCCGCGACGUCUUUGAUGCCCCCGCCCUGGCCCGGCUCCAGGGCAGCAUGGGUGUCGGCCACGUGCGCUACCCCACCGCGGGCUCGUCGGCGCACGCCGAGGCGCAGCCCUUCUACGUCAACUCGCCCUACGGCAUCGUGUUUGCCCACAACGGCAACCUCAUCAACACCCACGAGCUCCGCGCCUUUCUCGACGCCGAUGCCCACCGGCACAUCAACACCGACAGCGACUCGGAGCUGCUGCUCAACAUCUUUGCCAACAACCUGCAAAAGACGGGCAAGUUUCGCAUCAACGAGGAGGACAUCUUUACCGCCAUCAAGGACCUCAUGACCCAGGCCCACGGCGGCUAUACAUGCGUCGCCAUGCUCGCUGGCUUUGGCAUCAUUGCCUUUCGCGACCCCAACGGUAUCCGUCCCCUGGGCAUGUGCUCGCGCCGCAGUGCCGAUGCCGUUGCUGAUCCCACCUCGACUUCGACUUCAUCGUCGGCUGCCCACCACGGCAAGGACUGGUGCUUCACCUCCGAGUCGGUCGUGUCCGACGCCCUCGGCUUCGAAGACUUCCAGGACGUCCGUCCCGGCGAGGCUGUCAUCAUCACGCGCCAGGCCGUGUCGCGCCGCGUGCUGACGCCCCAGGCCACGGCCACAAACCCCUACCUGUUCUCACCCGACAUCUUCGAGUACGUGUACUUUGCACGGCCCGACUCGGUCCUCGACGGCGUCAGCGUCUACCGCAGCCGCAUGGCCAUGGGCGACAAGCUGGCCGAGGAGGUGCGCCGCCAGCUCGAGGCGCGCGGCGAGACCGUCGAUGUCGUCAUUCCCGUGCCCGACACGAGUCGCGUGGCUGCGCUCCAGGUCGCCCAGCGGCUCAACAUCCCCUACCGUGAGGGCUUUGUCAAGAACCGGUACGUGGGCCGGACAUUCAUCAUGCCCGGCCAGUCGCUGCGGCGGAAAAACGUGCGGCGGAAGCUCAACGCCAUGGCGCUCGAGUUUGCGGGCAAGAGCGUGCUGCUCGUCGACGACUCCAUCGUGCGCGGCACCACGUCGCGCGAGAUCAUCCAGAUGGCGCGCGACGCCGGCGCACGCCGCGUCAUCAUGGCCAGCUGCGCACCCCCGAUCCGGUUCAGUAACGUGUACGGCAUCGACAUGCCCUCGCGCCACGAGCUCGUCGCCCACGGCCGCACCGAGGAGCAGGUCGCCCAGCACAUCCAGGCCGACGUCGUCAUCUACCAGAAGCUGCAGGACCUCAUCGACUCUGUCCGCCAGUUCAACCCGGCCAUUCCUUCCUUUGACUGCUCCGUCUUUGACGGCAAGUACGUCACUGGCGGCGUUGAUAUUCAGUACCUCGAGCACCUCGAGGGCCUGCGGAGCGAGAAUGCCAAGAUCAAGGCAAACGCAGGCAAGAUCGGCGGCGGCGGCGGUGCUGCCACUGCUGCUGCCCUCGUCGCCGAUGGGCCGCGCGACGGCGCCGACGACGCCAAGAUGGCCGCACCGCCCGCCGCCGCGGUCCAGCGCAUCGACCUGCACCACCAGAACGAGGACGGGGGCGAGAGUGGGGGGACUGCCAUCAACGGCCUCGGCAACCCGCGGCAUGCCUACCCGCACAACGGCCACGACGCCGACGGGGAGCAUUCAUCGUCGCAGCAGCAGCAGCAGCAGCAGCAGCAGCCAGAAACAUUCAUGAGCUGCAACGGGCCGAUGAAUGGCGCAGACGACCUCGGCCUCUUCAACGGCUGGUCUCGCUGA